AUGAAUCCGCCAGCUUUCUCUAGAGCAACUGAUCUUGCAGUUGUGGAGAAAUGGGUGCAAGAGGUAGAGAAGAUUCUGGCAGUACUCCAUUGCACUGAUGAGCAAAUAGUUUUAUAUGCUAUAUAUAGGCUGGCGGGGGAGGCCGAAAGAUGGUGGGCAGCCACCAAGUUGUUGGAGGAGCACAGGGCUAUACCAUAUGCGGCAAUAUUUAUUGAGCUCUCUCGUUUCUGUCCCUAUGUUGUCCCCGAUGAAGCAAAGAAGGCUAGAAUGUUUGAGAGAAACUUAAGGCGUGAUAUUUACCGGCAGGUGGCAGUAUUGAGGAUCCAAGAUUUUAUAGAACUGGUUGACAAGGCUAUUAUAGCGGAGGAGAUUCUAUCUAGGGAGACGGAGACACAGAGUUAG